GUGUUCAGUGUGUUGGUUUACUAUGAAAUAUAAUACUACCAACCACUACGCAUCCAGCCAGCCAGUGAGGCGCAGCCUUUCUUGACCAUCCAACCUGCACCCAAUCCCCAUACUAUUCUCACAGGCGGCAUACAUCGCUCUCCUGCUGCUCAAAACGAGGCGUCUAGCAGCAGACGCCACGCCACUCCACCCCAGAGUUGGGCGUAUCUUGUGGACGACGUCUUACCCGGAACGCCGCCACGGCUGCAGUCGCGCCUUGUGAUCCAGCUCUUUGCACCAAACAAGCGGACGCGGACCACAUCCGCCGCCAAGCAGCCGGCCAAAGCGCCAAAGGGUAGAGAACGUAGCGUUGUUCAACACGGCACAUGCUUAGCAGUUCGGCCAGUUCACCGCCGCGGGGUCGAUCAUGAACGACAACGGCCACGCUACACAUCUCUCCUCGCCCGACCCGUCGCCGAUGGCCUCGCGCUCCGAGUCGCCCAGCGGCGCCGAGUCGGGUAUGUUGCCCAUCGUCGCGCAUCCCGCUGACGCAGGCCAUGCUCCCAGCAGAUCGGGCUCAGGGCCGAGCAGCCAGCAGCCAUUCCACGGCGCAUCUGCCUCCAUAUCCUCAUCUGCACUAGAGCUCGCGAUGCCGCCUCCGCCGCUCGUCGAAGCGAGCCACAGUCACAGCUCGGGCUUGGUUCCGUCGCCGCAGCCGCCGACAGCCAGCAGCAGCGCCUCGUCGUCCCGCCAAGACUUCUUCCCGCGCGGGUCGGCGCGCAGCAGCCAUCACCUGCCUCCCUCGCCGUCGAACACGUCGCAGUCGGAGGAUGGCGAAGACGACGAGGAUGACGAGGACGAUGACGACAUGCCCUCGUCCAGCUACAUUUUCGCAAAUGCUGGCGCGGACACGGAGGCGGCACGCUUCCUCGAGGACAAGAAUCAGCUCGAGCGGAGGAACACGAUAACCGCGCGCGGCGGCGGCGGCGCCGCCAUCUGCGCGGGGCAAGACGUCGCAGAGAAUGGCUCGCGCGCCAGCCUCCCUCCCCGCUCGAUAGGCACGCCCGUCACACCUGGCAGCGUGACCAUGAGCGAAGGUGAAGGCUGGGGCAACGCAGGUUAUGUGCAGUCGCGCGGCGCCGCGCACUUGCCACACGAGAUCAUGCUGCACAUCUUCAAGUAUGUCAUCGCGUAUCCAGGCGAGCUCAGGAACUGCCUCCAAGUCUGCAAGACAUGGUGCCUGGGCGGCGUGGAGCUGCUGUGGCACCGGCCGACGUUUCACAAAGCGUCGAGCUUCUACAAGAUGACAUACACGCUCAGCGUCCCAUCCGCGACGUUCGACUAUGCGAUGUUCAUCCGCCGCUUGAAUUUCAGCCUGCUGGGCGAGGAGCUGGACAAUGCGACGUUCGAGCGCAUGGCAGCGUGCGUCCGCCUCGAGCGCCUAACGCUUGCGGGCUGCCGAGCGCUGUCGGAUGAGAAGCUCAGCGCGGUCUUGGAGAACACCAAGGAGCUCGUUGCAAUCGACCUUACCGACGUUACGCAGCUGUCGGACCGCACGAUCAACACGCUCGCCAUGACGUGCUCGCGCUUGCAGGGGAUCAACCUGACCGGCUGCACGCUCAUCUCGUCAGCCAGCGUCGCGAACCUGGCGAGGAACUGCAAGCUGCUGCGGCGCAUCAAGCUGUGCGGCUGCAAGAACAUCGCCGACGACGCCAUCGAGGCGCUCGCGCUCAACUGCCCGUUCCUGCUCGAAGUCGACCUGACAGUCAAACCGACGGACGUGAGCAAGGUGACCGAUGCGGGUCUGGCCAAGCUGUGGGAGCAUAGCACGCAUCUGCGUGAGUUCCGCCUCAGCAGGGUCGGCGCGCACCUCACCGACCGUGCCUUCCCCAGCCCGGCGAGCGGGCAGGCCAGGGACAAGGGUGCGCACGUGCUCUCCAACGGCGUCAUCCUCGCGCCGAUGCACAACGGGAGGCGUGCGCACACGCAUGCGGGAGAGAGCGCGUCAUCGUAUGCAACGGCCGCGUCGAUGGCGGCGCUGCACCGAAAUCAUAAUGGCGCGCUCGACGGCGACGACGAGGCGCACGCACCGCUGCUCGUCGGCGUCAGGCCCCCAAGGAUGUUCGACCAUCUGCGUAUACUGGAUCUGAUGCAUUGCAGCAGCAUCACUGACGCGGCUAUUGAAGGCGUCAUCAACAACGCGCCCAAGCUGCGCAACCUCAUUCUGUCCAAGUGCUCCAGCCUGACGGACGACGCGCUCUACUCGAUCAGCCGGCUCGGCAAGAACCUCCAUUAUCUGCAUCUUGGGCGGGUGGAUCAGAUCACCGAUCAGGCGGUCAUAUACCUGGCCAAGUCGUGCACGCGCCUGCGCUACGUCGAUCUGGCGUACUGUCCGAACCUGACGGACGCGAGCGUUAAAGAGCUAGCGUUGAAUCUGCCCAAGCUGCGCAGGAUCGGACUGGUAAAGGUGCAAAGACUGACGGACGCCGCGAUCUAUGCGCUGGUUGAGCGCUACACCAGCUUGGAGCGUAUCCACUUGUCGUACUGCGACAAUAUCAGCGUCCCCGCCGUCUUUUGGCUACUGCAACGUUUGGACCGCCUGACGCAUCUCAGUCUGACCGGCGUGCCCGCUUUCCGGCGUGAAGAGUUGCAAGCGAUGUGCCGCAAGCCGCCAGAGGAGUUCAAUGAGCAUCAACGCAGCGCGUUCUGCGUUUACAGUGGCAAGGGCGUCAAUCAGCUGCGGGGGUUCUUGAGAGACGUCUAUUCGGACCAGGCGCGCGCAGAGCAGUUUGGGGAGCUACCGCCGGAGAUCGUGCAGCAGCUUACGGACAUGGCUGAGCAGGAGCAGCGGCAUCGGCAGCAUUGCAGCCGUCGCUCGCAUCACCCCAAUGGUCAUAGCCACGGCCACACGGGGCAUUACGCUCAAGGCCACCAAGCCAGUGUUGGCAGCGGUGACCAUCACCACUUCCAGCAUCAGCAGCAGUCGCACUCCCCGGCUGGCGAGCGUUCAGCCGCCGAGUUGGCACAUCUUCGGAACCAGCAGCACUUUGAGCAGCUCAUCGGCUCGCAGCAGCAUGCGCAGGGGCACCACUUGCACCAGUACUAUCACUACCAUCAAGGGCGCGGCAACGCUGGCAGCGGCGUACCGCACCUGCGACGGGCGAGCGAUGGCGAACAGUUGCACAUGCAUCUGCAUCCUCCGGCGCCAGCGCACUAUGCCGCAAUCGCGAGGGAGCGCGAGGCGGGAGGGCACGCCAUCCCCGGCGCGUACAUCUGGGAUUCACCGUUUGGCAACGCAUCCGCCUCUGGCUUGGGCCAGUCUGCUAGUCCCAAUGCAAAUCCCGCCGCGGAGGGAAAUCCUCCUUCGACGCCGAAUGUGCAGCAGGUUUACCAUCAUCCACAACAGCAGCAGCAUCGGCACGAUCGACAACAUCAGCUGCUUGUAACCCCGCACCAACCCGCGAGCGAACCGAACACUGUUGAAAGCGGCGCAAAUGGCGGCGGUGCUAGAGUGCCGAUGGACGAGGCAUGAUUGGCGCAACAGUAGUUUACGGCGUGCUGCUGCUGCCGGGAAACGGCGCACUCCUUGGUCUUCUGUUCUCUUACAUUAUCAUUACAGAGCACACUCGACUGGAGCUUCACCCACUCUCUGGCCGCGUGACUCUUGCAGCACUCAUCUUGUAUGCAGAUUUGUGCAAUCUCCAACAAUGUAACCCCAUG